GUAGAUCAAAUUGAAUGUUUUAUGUAGUAUCAGUCAUCUUACAAAAAAGUUGUAAUUUGUGUCUGAUAUUAAUAGUUUUUAUAAUUUAUACUAAACAUUAAACGAUAAAAAAAACAUCGACUAUAAAAUAAAAGAUUGGUUUUAACCAUUCCAGUAAAUAGUUUGCGUUAUUAAUAUUAUGGCGAAUGAAUUAGAAUCUGAAACAUUAAGCGACUGUGCAAUUGGAAAAACUGUAAAGAGGUCCAACGAAGAUGAACCUCGUCAAAAUUUUAAAAAGAGAAAAAAUGAAAUAAAGAAUAUAAACAUAAAUGAAAAAAAUCCUAUAUCUAUAUUGAAUGAGUUGAGAAUCGGUUUAAAAUACAAUGUUGUUGAACAUUCUGGCCCUUCGCAUAACCCUACUUUUAAAGUCUGUGUAGAAGUCGACGGACAGAAAUAUUAUGGUUCAGGAAAUUCAAAGAAAGCUGCCAAAUCGGAAGCCGCUACAGAAGCUUUAAAAUCAUUCAUACAGUUUCCAACGAACGGUACGUUUGUUUCUUCAAAUACUUUACCAGGUAUAAAAAUGGAUUUUACAUCAGAUCAAGUAAUCAGUAAGAAACAAGAUAGUGGAAACUCUAAAAAAAGUAAAGUAGUUAAAGGACCAUUAAUGUUAUUGAAUGAAUUGUACCCUAACGCAGAAUUCACAUGUAUUUCAAACGAGAGUGAUCCUUAUGGUAGAUUCAAAAUAUCCAUUAGGAUUAAUAAUCAAAUUUUCAUCGGAACUGGUUCUAAUAAGAAACUAGCAAAGAACGCUGCGGCUUCUUCUGCUCUUAGUAAGCUUAUUAAUUACAGUAUUCCCAAUGUAUCAACUGCUUGUAUGGAAGACAUUCCUUUUGCUACAAAAGAAGAACAAGAAUUAGCAGAUGUAGUUGGAAGAUUGGUUAAUGAAAAAUUCAGUAGUUUGAUGGCUAAUGAUAUCGUUCAUAUUAGAAGAAAAGUUCUUGCAGGUAUUGUGAUGACAAAAAAUUCUGACAUCAACACAGCGGAAGUAAUCUGCGUUUCGACUGGAACGAAAUGCGUUUCUGGUGAAUAUAUUAGUAUAAAUGGGGCAUCGUUGAACGACAUGCACGCAGAAAUUUUAUCGAGAAGAUGUUUAGUAAAUUAUUUUUAUGAUCAAUUAGAAUUAACAACGAACAGUAAUAAUUCAAUAUUCGAAAGUAAAGGGGGUAAAGGUUAUCGUCUAAAGGAAGGUAUCGAAUUCCAUUUGUACAUAAAUACGGCUCCGUGUGGAGACGCGAGGAUAUUCAGUCCCCACGAGGAGAAUUCGUCGAUCGACAAACACCCCAAUCGAAUAUCCCGAGGACAGUUAAGAUCGAAAAUCGAAUCAGGAGAAGGGACUAUACCGGUAAAGAACGCCCCUUCGCUUCAAACGUGGGAUGGAAUCGUUCAAGGAGAAAGAUUGUUAACCAUGUCUUGUUCAGAUAAAAUAUGUAGAUGGAAUGUACUGGGAUUGCAGGGGGCUCUAUUAUCACAUUUCAUACAACCGAUCUAUUUGAAAUCGAUCAUUUUAGGAAGCCUAAUGAAAGAAAGUCAUUUAUACCGAGCCAUUUGUGGAAGAAUAGAAAGCACCCUACAAGGAUUACCGCCGCCGUUUUUAUUAAACAGGCCGAAAAUGUUGAGGAUCACAUCGACAGAAGUUCGACAACCGCAAAAAGCCCCAAAUUUUUCAGUAAUAUGGACGUUGGGAAUGAAAGAACCGGAAAUAGUAAAUACCCAUGUGGGGAAACCGGAAGAAGGUGUAUCGAUGGUCUGUAAACAGAGUUUGGCUAGUAGAUUCGUUUCUUUGUUUCCGAAAUUAUCGAAUACUACUGAUAUCAAAGUAUUACCCUCGACGUUGAUGUACGCAAAAGAAAGUGUCUCUAGUUAUAAAGCAGCAAAAAUGAGUCUGUACGAAGCUUUUGUCAAGGCGCAGCUGGGUUCCUGGGUGUCUAAACCGUUGGAGCAAGACAUGUUCGAUAUUGUUCCUGUUAAACCAGAAAAUUUUGUUUAGGAUCGUUUUGUUGAUGCUUUUUUUACAAUUUCGUGUACCUUUAUAUUGCAGUGAUGAUUUUAUUACUUUUUUUUUUAAAUUUACAUAUAUAAGCAUUAUACAAAAUAAUCUAAACAUUCAAUGUACAUUUUUACAGAGGUUUAUUAAGUGUGUAAAUAUAAUAGUUGAAGCAGUUCAUACAAGUCCGCUACUAUCUUCAACGCAUUCUAUAAAAUUAACACAGUUAAAGAAAUAUUUUGAAUAAAAUUGUGUUCAAAAUUGAUAUAAUUUCAGUAAUUGUGUUAAAAACCUCUUCUGUCCCUUAAAUAACUAAUUUAUUUGUUAGUUAUUGGUUAACAAUAACUUGGCAGUCACCAAAUGUCAAGUUGUUUCAAAUUAGUUGCUAUGAUCUGUAACUUUUUAAAAACUUUUAUCUUAUUUUUAGCAGACAGUGGAUAUUGUCUUUAAAAACUUUGUUUUGUAUUCUUGUUAGUCGCUUCAAAUUAGUUGCUACACUCAGUAAUCUUUCCAAAAACUCUAUUUUAGUUUAGGACCUCAAUAACUUGGCAGUCAUCAGAUUUAUUUUGUCUGAAAAUCCUCUAUUGUUCACUAUUAGCCACCAAUAACUUGGCAAUCGCCAUAUAUUUAGUUGUUUCAAAUUAGUUGCAUUAGUAAUUAUUUUAGGUCCACAAUAACUUGGCAAACCUUAGAUAUUUCCUAAAAUCAUCUGUUUUUUUUUACAUUUGGUUCAUUAUAACUUGGCAGUCGUCAGAUGUUAAGUCGCUUUAAAUCAUUGGUAACUUUAAAAACUGUUAUUUCACUUUGGGUUUACAGUAACUUGGCAGACAUCAGAUAUUACUUCUAAAAACCCUGUUCAUCAACUUUAGUUCAGAAUAACUUGGCAGUCAUCAGAUGUUAGUUGCCCCAACAGUUCAGAAGUAAUAUUUUUUUUAUCAAUCUUCUAUACUAUAUAUGCAAUAACUUGGCAGUCAUCUCUAAAAACUUCUUUAGCAGGUAGUUUUAGUGAAAUUUUGUCCACAAUAAUUUGAUCAAUUAUUAGAUAUCACGUUAUUUCAAUCUUGUUACUAUUCUACAAUCUGUAAUGAAAAUAUUUUUUGUGGAUUCUGUAUUUGGCAAUCAACAUAUGUAAAAUAAUAGUAUUUAUUACUUUUCACCUACAAUAAGUUGGCAAUCAUUAGAUAUUGAGUCCAUUAUUUGUUAUUUCUUUGCAAAAAAAAUAUUUAACGUUAAAAUAGCAUUACUAAUAAUAUAAUUUAAUACUUUAAGUUCACAAUAACUUUGCAAUCAUCAGAUUUAAUAUUGUUACAAAGUAUAAAGUUAGACUAUUAAUCUUUUUAUGGUUUUUUCAUUGUUAAAUCGACAUCACAGACUAUAUUGUUUGUUAUUUGUGUUUGUAAUAAUAUGGCAGUCAUGAGAUCAAAAAUUAUUAAAAAGUUGCUGAUUUACAUUGCAAUUCUUUUUCAAAAUCAUUACGAAUUUAUUUAUUCAAUUUUUAUUUAAUAUUUUUUUUAUUCUUGUUUUGUUUUUGGAACCUAAGUUUUAUAAAUACUAUUUUAGAACUGCUUCGAUUUAUAAUUUGGAAUUGUACUUGGAUUUUUUCCGAUUCUCAAAUGUAGAUACGUUUUAAUAUAAAUAUAAAUCUAGAAUUAAUAAACUUGUCAAAUUAAUAUGAA